GUGCACGCUUCGAACCGAGUAACCCGGGAUCGGAAGCUCUUUGACAUUUCCUUCGAUUUCUGCCCCUUAAUAUCAGAUUUGGAAAAAGGACCGACCAUGCUGUCUAAGAUAUAUAUGUAAUACCGUCGUCAGAACAACCAAUAUGCAGCGAAAAUAUCCCAUAAUAAAGGUAUCUUAAUUAAUGUUGAUCAAUCAUAUGGCAGCUUUUUCCAUCUGAAGAAAUCGUAUUUGAAUGUGACCCAAAAAGAAUCCGCACAAUAAAAUUCUGUCAAAUUCAGCAGACAACUAAAUUGGGCUCGACAUAUUUUUUGGGGACUCGUAUCUCGUAUCAAGUCAUCGGGCAGUAUUCCACUUAAAAAAUAAUCACAAAAAAUACCAAUUACUGGGCUAUAAUUACCCGCAACUGUAUAUAGAACGUAUAUAGGAAGCCGUGAUUAGGCUUUGCAGCCAGACAGUAAUAAUUGGUUGGUGCUCCACCAUGGCUACAUUUUACUGGCUAUUCCUGAUCGCGUCUCUUCCCAACCAUGGGGUAGCAGCUAAGACUUCGACUUCCACGAAUCGCCUGAGUCUGCUAUGGAAAACCUACGAUUGCACAACGAACCCAGAGUUUGUGGCCCGACACAAAUGUAUCAUAAUGGAUUACGACAAAUCUAUGGUUACAACCGAAUUUGAAUAUAUUCGUGGCAUUUCUCAGCUCAAUGCCACGUUCAAAUUGUUUUUGCCUCGACCUCCCUUCAAACAAUACCACAAAAUUAUCGAUCUGAAUAUCGAUAUCUGUCAGUUUUCCAAAGGUUUGUUUGGCCACAAGUUCAUUGCAGUUAUCGUGAAGGCGCUCGGCAAGUCCGCCUUGCAGAUGAAGUGCCCCCGUCCAAAGGGCAUCUACUCGUACCCAAAUAUAAGCGUUGCCGUUCAUUUGCCAGCCUUCUUGCCAGAAACCAAUUUUAAAGUCGAAAUUAAUUUUCUAACACCCGCCGCUUAUUUAGUAAAUUCGAGUCUCAGUGGCAUGUUAUACGAUUCGGCUAAGACAAGAGUCAAAUAAUAUAAAUUGCAAAUAAAAAAUAAAUAAUUUAUAUUGUAAGCAGCAGAACAAAAAAA